AUGACAGUUAAGAAAAAACCAGAAGUGGAGGAUAGAAUUAGCGAGCUAUCAGAUGAUGUUCUAUGUCACAUUCUUUCCUUCAUUCCAACCAAGGAAGCCAUUGCCACCUCUUUGUUGUCCACAAGAUGGAGAUUUGUGUGGACCAUGGUUCCAUCUCUUCACAUUGAGUGCCCCUUACCAAUCAUGAAUCACUACAAGACACUCAAUGCGUUCUUGGCUCUACGCAGAACACAAAAAGUCACAAGUCUUCGUGUCAAAUGCAAGAAGCAUCCAUAUUAUAAUAGUUGCUCUUGCUCACGUAACGUGGAAGAAUGGAUUUCUGAAGCUGCAGCCAGAAAAGUUGAACAUGUGAAUAUCUGCUUGUACACCUACAAUACAAGGAUGCUCCAGAUCGCACCCUUCUUCACAUGCACCACAAUUGUCACGAUGAAGUUCAAGGGAAUCUUUAAUUUCCAUAUUCCUUCUGUUAUUCAUCUCCCUAAUCUCAAGACUUUGUGCCUAAACGUUAAGAGUUACUUUCCCAAGGGCCAAAUUAACAACCUUAUCUCUGGAUCUCCAGCUCUUGAACUGUUUCUCUUUGAGCAUCAUUUCAAUGAAUAUAAGAUUAUGCGCAACUCUCAAGUUAUUCAACUCUCCAAACUCAACACCCUUUACACCCUUGUUAUACAAAGUGAGCCUCGUUAUGAUUUUAUCUCUGACUAUUUCGAAGGUCGUGAAGUAAACAUAGUGAAAGCCAAGGUUUAUCUGACAGUGUAUAGGGCUCAUGAGCAGAGAGUUGUUCAUAAGAUUCUCCAACGUCUACGUAACGUUGAGUUUUUAACUUUCACUUAUUUUAGGAAUGAGAUGGACGAUCCUUCUAAUCUUGAUUUUCCACUGUUUAAGAAUUUGGUCACGUUAAAGCUUUUUCUUAAGGACAAUGUGUCCUUACAAAUUGAAAAUCCCGCCAAGUGUCCUAACCUUCGAAUGAUUGAAGUUAACAUCAUGGAUGAUUGUAAGAGAUGUCGGUAUUAUGCUAAUGGUGGAGGAAGGAAGCACGACCAAUUAACUGUUCCUAUUUGUAAUAAAAUAACCACAUUUAGAAAGUGCUUUAGGACUUCAAGAGGCUAUAAGUUAUAG